GCCAGUGGCAGCAGGGGGUCACAUUUAUUUUUUGUCCCUCAGAAACCUGCUCUAUGUUUGGAACACAACAGCACUCCGGAGUCACAGGGCCGUGAAUGCAGCCGAUUCCCGUUUCUCUCAAGGUUUGUCUCCUAACACCUUGGGAGGAUGGCAGAAGGCGCUGAUGGAGAGGAAGAGAUCCAGUUCCUGCGUACAGAUGAUCAAGUGGUGCUGCAGUGCACUGCGUCCAUUCUCAAGGAACAGAUCAAACUGUGUCUGUCAUGUGAAGGGUUUGGGAAUCGGCUGUGUUUCCUGGAGACCACAUCAAAUGCUCAGAAUGUCCCACCAGACCUUGCAAUUUGCUGUUUCAUUUUGGAGCAAUCUUUGUCCGUGCGAGCAUUGCAAGAGAUGCUGUCUAACUCCUCUGUGGAUGAGGCGGUUGAUUUGGACAAGUGGUCAUCACAAGGUGGAGGCAGUCGAACUCUUCUGUAUGGACACGCCAUUCUCCUGAAACACACUCACUCCAACAUGUACUUGAGCUGUCUGACUACAUCUCGGUCGCUGACUGACAAGCUGGCCUUCGACGUGGGCUUGCAGGAAGACUCCACAGGAGAGGCCUGCUGGUGGACCAUACAUCCAGCCUCCAAGCAAAGAUCAGAGGGUGAAAAGGUCAGGGUGGGAGAUGACCUCAUUCUUGUCAGUGUUUCUUCAGAGAGAUACCUGCACCUUUCCUAUGCAAGUGGUGACCUAAUGGUAGAUGCAUCCUUCAUGCAAACACUCUGGACCAUGACUCCUGUGAUGUCUGGCUGUGAGCUCGCCGAAGGUUUUCUGGUCGGAGGAUAUGUGCUCAGACUCUUUCACGGUCAUAUGGACGAGUGUCUGGCCAUCCCAUGUGCAGAUCAGGGGGAUGACCAACGCAGAGUUGCCCAUUAUGAAGGUGGUGCCGUUUGCAGUCAUGCUCGAUCCUUAUGGAGACUGGAGCCACUGCGAAUCGCGUGGAGCGGAGGCCACAUCAAAUGGGGACAGUCUUUCCGGGUACGCCACAUAACAACAGGGCGAUAUUUGUUCCUCGACGAGGAGAAGGGACUUCUGUUGGUAGACCCAGAGAAAGCCAACUCCAAGAUGUCUGCUUUCUGCUUCAGAAUUUCUAAGGAAAAAAUUGAAGUAGCGCAGAAGCGGGAUGUGGAAGGCAUGGGAAUACCGGAGAUUAAGUACGGCGAGUCUAUGUGCUUUGUACAGCACGUUUCGUCUGGCCUUUGGCUCACAUAUGCUGCUGUCGAUGCCAAAUCUGCUCGUCUAGGACCUCUGAAAAGAAAGGCCAUACUGCAUAAAGAAGGUCACAUGGACGACGCGCUCACAGUUGCUCGAUCUCAGACCGAAGAGUCUCAAGCUGCCAGGAUGAUUUACAGCACAACAGGCCUCUUCAACCAGUUCAUCAAAGGUUUGGAUGCGUUGAGUGGAAAAAACAAAUCUGCUAAUCCGCCGUCUAUGCCGAUGGACGCGGUGGUGCUCUCACUGCAGGAUCUCAUCUUCUACUUCCGACCGCCUGAGGAGGAACUGGAGCACGAGGACAAGCAGUUCAAGCUUCGCUCCCUGAAGAACAGACAGAACCUUUUCCAGGAGGAGGGGAUGAUUACCCUGGUUCUGGACUGCAUUGAUCGGCUCAAUGUGUACAACACUGCAGCCCACUUCUCCGAGUACGCUGGAGAGGAAGCUGCAGAGUCGUGGAAGGAGAUCGUGAACUUACUGUAUGAGCUUUUAGCUUCUUUGAUCAGAGGGAACCGUGCUAACUGUGCUCUUUUCUGUGACAACCUGGACUGGCUGGUCAGUAAGCUGGAUCGUUUGGAGGCAUCUUCAGGUAUCAGCGGCAGAAUGGUUUGGUUUGAGCUCAUUCUUUAA